UACAUCGAAGCCAACCAUGAACCGACUUCUUCUUGUCUGCGUGUUUCUUGUGGCUGCCACCGCUGCAGUGAGCGCCGGGUGUUCCCCGGGUUACAAACAGCGUCAGGGGGGCAACUGCUACAAGUUGUACGGUCCGAAUUGGGAGUGGUGGCAAUAUGCCGACCAUAUCUGCUCAGCAGAUGGAGCCUGGCUGGUGACCAUUAGAAGCGAGGCGGACAGUGUGUGGGUUAACAACUUCUUCGCAGACAACAGGCGCCACAUGUGUCCAGAUUGGUACUGGAUUGGAGCCACCGAUAUGGCACAUGAGGGAACCUGGAGGUGGACAGAGGAUGGCAGCCUACUCGACUAUGUCAACUGGAUGUCUGGCGCCCCGAACAACGACGGAGACGAGGACGCGGUGGAGGUUUACAGUGGAACCCGCAAGUGGAACGACAACAAAACGAGCGGAGUCUGGUCUUCCAAAAUCUGCUUCAUCUGCGAGAAGAAACCAAAUUAAAAACAAAAUUACGACAUGAUCACUUGAAAUUCAUUUCCAAUGACGAAAGCGAAAAUUGGUACUGAAUUUUGAAAAAAAACAUUCCUUUUAAAUUUAUCUUGAAAGUUCAUGAUUUGUCACAAAAUCCCGGUGAUUUGUCGUAGGAGGACAUAGGCAUAUGGACUAACAUUUUGGAAAUCAUAUGACUGUUUCAAAUAGAAUAAGGGAUUUGAAAAAAAAAGCUACACAUUUCUAAAAACCGAAUUUUCAACAAAAUCAUGAAGACCAAAUCAUUUGUGUGCUUAUCAAUACAUUGAUUAAUUUUUCAUCUGCUUUAUAAUGUAGGCUAAGGUUCUAAGCAU